AUGCUCAACGACCUUCCUGAUGUCAUCAGGACUUUGCAGGUUGAUGCGUGCGAGUUGACGCCUACAGUCGCCGGCAGUCUCCUUCGCUCGCGACAAAACGCUCCUUGUCUGAAGCUCCUUCUGACGAUUGGUGAGAUGUUGACAGAGUCCGUUGUCCGCGAAUUUGGCGGCAGCAAUGUAUCGGACAGCAUGUUAUGGGGCAUGUACGGCCCAACCGAGGCUGCAAUCCACUGGCCAGAACAGACGAAUGCGGCAUUUUUUGAUACUCCCUACGGCCGCGUUUACCGCACCGGAGACAAAGCCAUUAUAAACUCAGAUGGGACUCUGGAAUGCCUUGGGAGGAUAUCAGAUGGGCAGGUCAAGCUGCGCGGCCAGAGAAUUGAGCUCGGCGAAGUGGAGCAAGCGGCAAUGCGAACCACCGGUUGCCACAGCGCUGUUGCCAUGGUUCUUGGGGGGAUCUUGGUUGCAUUUUGCGCCAUUGAUGAAGGAUUUGCUCCGGCAGAUUACGUGGAAGACAUUCUCAACACUUGCCGUACAUGGCUCCCGUCUUUUAUGGUCCCCGGUGAUAUCGUUAUCAAGACAAGCUUCCCCAGGUUGCCCUCGGGCAAGGUGGACCGGAAGCAACUCAAGAACGAAUACACAACCACGACAUCGACACUAUCGCAACCGAAAGUCCACUUUGAAGCGGUCAGCCCACUAGAACAGGAGGCAUUGUCAAUUGUAUCAAACUUUCUCGGUUCUCAGAUUCCUCCAUCGGCUUCUCUUGCAUCCAUAGGCAUUGAUUCUCUAAAGGCUAUCAGACUUGCUUCAGCUUUACGGGAAGGCGGUUUCCAAGCAUCAGCUACGGACAUCCUCAGCUUCAAGACUCUUUCAGCCCUGUUCGCCUCUCUGAAAGCGUCGGGAUCAAUCUCAACAACAGACCAAGAAGACCACGCGCUUAGUCACAGCGAUCCCUGCGAGAUACACAUCGACCAGGUGCUGGAGCAACGAGCGGACCUGACUUCUUUGAAAGACGAAAUUACGCGCCUUCAAAUGUGCACACCUCUGCAAAACUCAAUGCUAGCAGAGACAUCAGCCAAUCCACAGGCCUAUUGCAACUGGAUCAAGCUUCAAUUUCCGGCAAAAACUACGGCGCAGGAAGUUUUGCAGUGGACAUACCAGAUUGCACAGAACAACGAGAUCUUACGGUCGGGGUUCGCGUCACUUGAUGGCAGGUUCGCACAAAUCAUCUACAGCAAGCUUCCUCAGUCUUCUGUUCAAAUUGUCCCCCAACUGGACGAGAAUUAUUGUCUGGCUUCUGAUGAGGAUUACUUGCGUCCUCUCAGAGUCCAAAUUCUGGAAAGCCAGCAAGACCUUGGGUCAAGCGUGCUUCUCCAGAUGCAUCACGCCCUCUACGACGGAUGGUCGGCCGAUAUGUUGAUCAAAGACUUUUCUACAAUGGUCGACGGCGGAGUACCCGAAACCAGACCGCAGUUCCAAGACGUUUCCAGAUUCUAUGCGGAACCUGCUAAUCAAAGACGCAUGGAUGAGGCACGUGAAUUCUGGGCGGAUCAUCUGCUUGGUUGGCAACGACAUAACCUACCGCGUCUCAUGGGCCGCCCUGCUGAUACCGUCGAGACUCAGACGGUAGUUAGGACAAUGAACAUUUCGCAAAGCGCCCUGGAGGAGACCGCGACACGUCUUCAAUGCCACCCUCAAGUCUUCUUCCAAGCUGCUACGCUGUGGCUCUGGGCCGGGUUGCAAGGACAGACGGAUCUUGUAAUUGGCUCAGUCUCGUCAGGCAGGACCAUUCCGGUAACGAGCAUUGAGCGCAUCAUGGGACCUUGUAUCAUGACAACGCCUUUGAGAGUCAACUUAGCCGGGAUUGCGACUAUUGUCGACCUUGUUCGCCACAUCCAGGCUACGAACCGUGGCGCGCUACAACACGGCAUAUUGCCGUUGGCAGACAUCAAGAGAAUCGCAGGCGUAAACCUCGGGGACGCCCUCUUCGAUGUGCUGUUUGUCUAUCAAGAGUCACUCUACAGUCAGCAAGCAAAACAGGGACGUAUUCGGGAAAUGUCUCAUCAGGACUUUCUAGAGACCAGCCUUCUGGUCGAAGUUGAGCCUUCCGCUGAGAGCUCGGUUUGUCGCCUAACAUACCACACCACCGCAUUUACGACAGAACACGCCGAGAUUCUGAUGGAACAGUUGGACUCGGUGGUUUCACACCUUAUACUCGAGCCUCAAAGCCAAGUGGAGAAUAUCGGGGGAUCACUCCCCCCAGAGCUCACUUCCAUCUUCAACGCCCAUCCUGCAACUCUCUCUACGGUCCCGGAUCUGGCGGCAAUGUUUGAGCACUCGGCAAGUGCCACGCCUGAUGCCACAGCCAUCAGAUUCGCAAGAUCUGUUGAUGAUGGAAAUGUUGACACCAUGUCGUACAGCAGCCUGAAUACCUCGGCUAACAGAAUCGCGAGGCUUCUUCGUAAGCUAGGCGCGAGAGAGGGCGGCAUUGUGGGCAUAAUCAUGGAAAAGUCAGUCUGCUUGUAUGCCGCCAUUCUGGGUAUUCUCAAGGCUGGCUGCGCAUACUUGCCUCUCUUACCCACCACCCCGAAUGACAGAAUCCGGCUCAUUUUGACACAAGCCGAGGUCACAAUCUGUAUUGCCGAUGCGGCUAUCUCCACAACUCUAGGCGAUCUCUCCAGUUGUCAAUUUGUGGACGCCCUGUCAAUCGACAUGCCCGGCACCAUGGAGAAUAACCUGGGCUUGUCGGCAGACCCUUCACGACCAGCGUAUGUCAUCUAUACGUCUGGAACCACAGGCACACCAAAGGGCGUGGUAGUCACACAGAAGAAUAUCGUGAGCAACCUCGACGUUUUAUCCAGGAUAUACCCCCAUAGCAACGCUUCUCGUUUCCUCCAAGCAUGUUCACAAGCGUUUGAUGUCUCAGUCUUUGAGAUUUUCUUUACUUGGAAGAUUGGAGCAUGUCUGUGCUCUGGUACCAAUGAUACCCUUUUUGAGGACUUGGAGCGUGCCAUCCAGUUUUUCGGUUGCACUCAUCUCAGCAUGACGCCGACGGUUGCUUCUUUGGUCAACCCUCGCAAGGUGCCCGCAGUUAAUUUUCUUGUUACUGCCGGAGAACCCAUGACUGCACAUGUUGCAGAGAAAUGGACCGGCUUCCUAUAUCAAGGAUAUGGCCCGGCCGAAACCACAAACAUUUGCACAGUCAAGAAGAUGAAGCCCGGAGACUUCAUCGACCAUCUUGGGUUUUCAUUUGACAACACUUCGACCUUUGUUCUCGGCUCUACAGCGAACGAAGCAGUUCCCAUUGGCUGUGUUGGCGAGCUCUGCUUUGGAGGAGACCAAGUUGCAGCUGGCUAUCUGGGGAUGAAGAGUCUCACUGACUCCAAGUUCCUCGACCACCCGUAUUUCGGUAGAAUCUACCGAUCAGGCGACAUGGGACGAAUGCUUGCAGAUGGAUCUCUGAUGGUCCUUGGAAGAAUGGAUGACCAACUGAAAUUACGUGGACAACGGAUUGACACUGGCGAAAUUGGCAGCAUCCUCACGACCUCUAGUAUUGUUACGUCAAGCGCAGUAGUCAUCGUCAGCAACGCAACUGCAACCACGUCUCAAUUAGCUGUGUUCUAUGUACCUGCUCAACAAUCCCAUGAUGGCUUUAGGACCUUGCCUAUCGACGAAGGACUGUUCCAAGCAAACAAUACCCUGUUCAGCCUUCUUCAAUCCCGCGUACCUGCCUACAUGGUCCCGAGCUACCUGGUUCCAAUCAGUUCCGUGCCGUUGACAUCUAGUGGCAAGGUCGACAGGGCCAGGCUUCAAGCAUCUUUCCGCGGCUUAGAUCGAGACUACAUCGACCGCGCUGCAGGCUCUCUUCAGCAGAAGGAAGACGAAAAGUUUUGGUCUGAAGAGGAACGAACAAUCAGAACGGCGGUGUCCCAGACUACCAAAGUCGCGGCAGAUCAAAUUGCUCGAUGGCAGCCUUUUGCUGCUCUUGGUCUAGACUCUAUAUCCGCAAUCUCACUUGCGAGGUCUUUGCAAGCUUCUUUCAGCCGAAGAGUCCCAGUCUCGAUGGUCCUUCGGACAGGCUGCAUAGCUCGCUUGGCCCAGGAGAUACUUGCCGACACACCGAUUACCUCCUCAAGCACAAUUUCUAGUGGCUCUACGCUGUUCCCUCAAGAGUUUAUUGACGAAGUCAAGCGAGAAUUUACAAAAGAUGGGCAAUCGGUUUCUUCGGUUCUGCCAUGCACCCCGCUUCAAGAGGCCAUGCUUUCAUCAACGACAGGGUCAACCUACUCAAACCAGAUGAUCUUCAGACUACACAUCUCUGAUACGGACAUGAAGGGCCACUGGGAGCAUAUGCACCACCGACAUGGCAUCCUUCGGACAUGCUUUGUGUCUACUAGAGACCCGAAACGUGCCGUAGCACAAGUUGUGCUAGACUCUGUGCCCAUGGCGUGGGGCCUGAUUGAGGUAGGCAGUCUGGAAGAAGCAGCCAGUCAACACGCGGAAGGGUUGCCCGGUGCAGUAGACUCGAAAAUCCCACCGCUUUCACUCGCUAUCCUCAGGAUAGCAGGAGAUGACUACCUCUCAUUUGCCUGUCAUCACGCGCUUUAUGACGGCGUGGCAAUGGAGGCACUCCUUGCGGAGGUUGAGCAGCUCGCAGCCGGCAAGACUCUCCCGGCUCCAUUGGAGUACGAGCCUAUUCUGGCAGAGAUUCUUCAAUCACCCGAUGGAACAAGCAGUUUCUGGAAGAACCACUUCGAAGCCUUCAAGCCCACUCAGCACAUUCUCUCAGCUGGGGGCUCUCAACUUCCUGGGUCAGCCACGACUAUUGUCACGUCAAAGCCGCUUGUUAUGUCCCUCGGCCAAAUGCAAACUAUGUGCAAGGUUUCGGGCGUCUCGGUUCUAUCAUACUUCCAGACAGCGUGGUCUGUGUUCCUGACUCUGGUAUACGAGGAGUCAGAUAUUUGCUUUGGAAACGUCAUGAGCGGCAGGGCUCUGGCAGUGGAUGGUAUUGACCGUUUAGUCGCUCCUUGUUUCAAUACUUUGCCUGUCAGAGUCGAAGUCCCGUCAUCAACGGAAAGUGCAGCUCUCCUCAAGACAUUUCAGAACAUCAAUCCUCGCCUAUUGGAGCAUCAGUUCACCCCCUUGCGCUCAAUUCAAAAUCAGGUUUCGAAGAGCGGUAGACAGCUAUUUGACUCGCUUCUCCUCCUUCAGCAACCUAGGCCAGAUCGUGCUUCUGGGAUCUGGGAAUUAGUUGAGGAUAAUGGUACCAUGGAUGUACCUCUCGUUUGUGAAUUGGUCCCGUCCCCGGUCCGUGACCUGAUGAUCGUUAGACUUCACUCUAACAGUCCUUUCAUGACACAAGAAGCCGCCAUUGGACUGCUCGACACGUUCUUGUUUGUUGCUCAACACAUAGCGACCCACCCUGCUUCCGGUGUUCCUACACGAGAUCAUUUGGCGCCAGAAACAAGGCGGGCCCUUGAACGCCUCAAAGUCGAGAAGAUUUCAGAGACAACCGAACAGUCAGACGCAGAAGUCCCUUUCGUCACCGAAGAGUGGAGCCAAGAUGAAGACCAGCUCCGAUCGAUCAUCGCCGAGCUCUCACAGGUUCCAGCCUCGAAUAUCCGCAAAACCACAACUAUCUUCCAGCUAGGCCUUGACAGCAUCAAUGCAGUGCAACUUGCAGCCAUGAUGCGGAAGAGAGGUCUGGAGUUGUCUGCCUUGGACGUCAUCGAAUUUCCUACUUGUGCGAAACUGGCCACUCGGCUACACGUUGUACCCGCGCAAGAUACCCGUCAAUAUGACUUUACGAAAUUCGACCGGGAAGUCAGGGACUCUUCAGCUGGUGAUUUCGACAAGAUUCUGCCAUGUUCGCCUUUGCAAUCCGCUAUGAUGAACGACUUCAUCCAGUCAGAGGGUAAAGACUACCUUAAUUACAUGUCUUUUGCGCUCAGCGAAGACAUUUCUUUUGAUUUGCUUCAGAAGGCGUGGGCUGUCUUGCUUGACCACCAUGAAAUCCUGAGGACAGGGUUCAUCUCCAUACAACAUCGAGAUGCAUCUUUUGCAAUGGUGCAGAUCCCGGGCACACGCUGCCAUCUACGUCUCACGGUUCACAAUAGCGCGUCCGAGCCGUUUAGUGUCACAAAGUGGAAACUAGAUACUGCGCACGAGAUUUUGAGCUCAAUGCCGCAACCCCCUUGGGCCUUAGCUCUCGAAUCAGCGACUUCAGGCAUAACGAUGCAUCUGAUUAUGCACCAUGCACUCUACGAUGCAUACUCAUUGCAGUUGCUUCUUCGGGAUCUAUCAUCAUAUAUCUCCGGAAAGCCCAUGUUCCAGCAUGCCUCUAUCGAGAAUGGGCUCUCGAAAAUUCUUCAAGCUUCUCUUGAUGCUAGCCAAGCAGAAACUUUUUGGAAGCAAAAGGCUGCUCAAGUCGUUGUCAAUCGGUUCCCAACCCUGACGCCCCUGACGGAAAAGUCUCCCGAACUGAUGGUUGUAAAACGCUUUUCCAGCAUGGACUUUUCGCAGCUGUCCGGAAACGUGAAGAGAGUCGGUGUAUCAAUCCAGGGUGUCCUGCAAGCCACUUGGACCCGUAUCCUGUCCGCGUAUCUUGGCGAAGAAGAUGUAGUGUUCGGCAUCGUCUUGUCUGGUCGCAUGAGCGAUGAGACAAAGAACAUUGUUCUCCCAUGCAUCACUACUCUGCCUGUCAUCGCGCACAACAGCUCAUCAAACUCUGAGCUCGUUCAACAGAUGCUUGACUACAGCAAUCAGCUUCUGAAGCAUCAGAAUGCUCCCUUGGCACAAGUUCAGAGAUGGCUUGGAUAUCCGAAUACAAGAGUUUUCGAUACUCUACUCGUGUAUCAACGAAUGCCGACUGACGUCGGCCCUGACUUCCCAUGGGAAGUUGUCAGCGAUGAGGGCAACUUGGAUUAUCCAGUUUCGUUUGAAGUCGAGCCGCUUCCCGAAGGAAAGAUCCAACUGCGUCUUUCCUUCAAAACCGAUAUUUUGCCCAAGACUCAAGCAGUUCAUUUGCUAGACCAAUUCGACGCAGUGCUAAGGCAUCUCGUCCAGUGCCCGGAGCAGACCGCAGAUGACCUAUGGGCUACUGAUCCGUCAAUUUUCUCCAUCAUACCUCCCCUGGAGCCUACAAUUCAUUCCAAAGAACCUUUCCUCCACAGCUUUGUCGAGACCAAGGCUGAGACUCAUCCUGACAAGAUUGCCCUGGAAUUUGUGACCGGUUUCAAUGGCGACAACCCGAUCUCUAGACAAUGGUCUUUCCGGGAGCUCAACGAGAAGGGAAACCAGGUCGCGCAUGUCUUGUCGCCUCACGUAAAAGUUGGCGAGACCAUUGCAAUCCACUUUGAUAAGUGUCCGGAGGCCUGCUUCGCGAUUCUUGGAAUUCUCAAAUCAGGCGGCGCUUUUCUAGCCUUGGACCCUUCGGCACCCAAGGCGAGAAAGGAGUUCAUUCUCAAAGACUCUGGCGCCUUGGCACUAUUGACUAAUGUCGAUAUCGACUUUGCCGUUGAGCAGCCUGUCAUCCAUGUAGACGACGUUGCACUAAGUCACCAGCCCAGACAAUUCAAUCCUCCCGAAGGUCUAAGCGUGCAAGACAAUUCCUAUUGUCUGUACACAUCUGGCACCACUGGAACGCCCAAAGGAUGCGAGAUAACCCACGAGAAUGCAGUCCAGGCCAUGAAGGCAUUCCAGAGGCUGUUUGAUGGACACUGGGACGAGACGUCCAAAUGGUUGCAAUUUGCAUCGUUCCACUUCGAUGUGUCUGUUUUAGAACAGUACUGGAGCUGGUCGGUGGGGAUGACUCUGGUCGGAGCGCCUAGGGAUCUGAUUCUUGACGACCUCGCCGGUACAAUUCAGCGCCUCGGCAUUACGCAUAUCGACUUGACGCCUAGUUUGGCCCGUCUUCUCGAUCCAGUCGAGGUUCCAAGUCUCUCAAGAGGAGUCUUCAUCACCGGAGGAGAAGCUCUCAAACAGGAGAUCCUUGAUGUUUGGGGCCCUAUUGGUGUCAUUUACAACGCAUAUGGUCCGACUGAAGCAACCAUCGGGGUCACCAUGUAUCAACGUGUACCACAGAACGGAAGGGCAUCGAAUAUUGGCAAACAGUUCGACAACGUUGGAUCAUAUGUGUUGCACCCAGGCACAGACAUUCCGGUCAUGAGAGGCGGUGUCGGAGAGCUCUGUGUUUCAGGGAAACUUGUUGGCAAAGGUUACUUGAAGCGACCUGAAUUGACUCAGGAGCGAUUUCCCUUCCUGGAAAGACAUGGGGAGCGUGUCUACCGCACCGGAGACCUGGUCAGAGUACUACACGAUGGCUGCUUUGACUUCCUUGGCCGUGCUGAUGACCAAGUCAAGUUGAGAGGUCAGCGUCUGGAAAUAGGAGAGAUCAACCACUCAAUUCGAACUAGGGUUCGUCAAGUUAGCGAUGUUGCUACUUUGGUGACCAAGCACGGCAGUCUCGACAAGGAUCUCUUGGUCACGUUCUUCAGUUGCAACUCAACGGGUGCUUCGAAGAGCGAACUCCAGGUCUUGAGCGAAGCAAAUACUGCCGCCCUCGUCCGUUCUGUUCAAAAAGCCUGCAGAGAUACUCUACCGGGGUACAUGGUUCCUUCAUACAUCUUCCAAGUUCCAAGAAUACCGCUUUCUCCAAACAAUAAGGCAGACAUCAAACAGCUCAAUCAACUUUUCCGCACGCUUACCCCGGAGAAACUGAUGCAACUGUCACCGUCUUCAAGCGCAACUUCUGAGCCAAUCAAUUACACUCAGCGACUGGUCCUAUCAACGACGAGAGAGUUCCUGGGCGAGCACACAAACAUAUCUUUAUCAAGCAAUAUUUUUGAUCUUGGUGUGGACUCUAUCUCAGCCCUAAGGUUGUCACGCCAAUUACGCAAGAAUGGUCUCGUUGGAGCGUCGCCCCAGGUCAUUCUGCGAAACCCGUGUCUGGGAGAUUUGGCCGAGACUCUGCAAGAGAGCCAGUCUUCGAAUGAAAGCAGUGGCGUUCAAGAAGCACGCCAGCUUAUCUAUGCGUUUGAACACAGAUACCGAUCCUUAGCCGUCCAGGAGCUUGGUUUGACAGAUGAUCGAGACAUCGAGUACGUUGCGCCAUGCACGCCCCUUCAAGAAGGGAUGCUUUCGCGCUUCAUGUCAGAUCAGGACGAAGGUGCCUACUUCACUGCGUUCCGCCUCAAGCUUGCGCCAGCAGUGUCCAUUGCCAAGCUUAAGAACGCCUGCGAAAACAUGGUGAAAGCGCAUGCGAUCUUACGGACUAGUUUCAUUCAAACACCUGCUGGUUUUGCUCAAGUCGCAGUCAAGUCCUCUCAUCUCUCAUGGAAAGAUUUCCGUGACCGAAGCCCCGCCGAGAUCGAGCCACUACUCUCCAGUUCUCUUCCAGACCUAAUACAUCAGAACAGCAGGAAUGUGUCAAAUCCUCUGGAGCUGAUUGUUACUCAACUGGGCGAGGAGACUGUCCUUAUUGUCCACAUCUUUCAUGCGUUGUACGACGGCUCGAGCUUCGAAUCCAUGCUUCGAUGGGUGUCUGCCGAGUAUUUGAAUAAAGAACACGAGACAUCUCCACCUUUUCUGGACACCCUCGCUCAUGGUCCUUUGGCAAAUUACGAUUCUAGCCGCCAGUUCUGGGUUGAGCAUCUGAGUGACUGCUCCUUCGACACCAUUCCGAGGUUGCGCUCAGGAGAUGCUGCUGCUAUCAUCACGAAGACCAAGACUUACUCGGCACGCAAUCUGGAGACGUUGCGUAGAUCUCUGAACGUCACCCUGCAGUCGGUUGUGCUAGCCCUGUGGACCUCCGUCUUCAAGAAGCACUUUCCAGGCAACGCUGCUACUGGAGUCAUCGUUUCUGGCCGAUCUAUUGAUCUGGAGCAGAUUGAGAAUACCAUCGGUCCGCUGUUCAACACACUCUUAUUCUAUGCCGGCCUCAAAGAAGGUGACACUUGGUUGUCCCUUAUCCAGAAAUGUCAUGAGUUCAACACCUCCGUGCUGCAAUUCCAGCACGUACCGCUGCGCAACAUUCAAAAAUGGUGCACGAAAUCUCGAGGCCGUCCUAUCUUCGAGAAUCUGUUCGUGUUCCAGAUUGAGGCACCUCGUUCCACAGAGCCAUCUGCCAUGUGGUCCAUCAUGGACGACUACAGUGUUUCUGACUACCCCCUGGCCUUCGAAGCAUCCGCGACCCCAGAUGGCCAGUUGCGCGUCCAGAUCGUCGCGCACAGAGACGUAGCCGACGAGGCGACGAUGAGCUCUUUGUUCGAAGAGAUUGAUGACGCCAUGGUCGACGUGACAUCCAGAGCCACCUAUUCUUUGCCUGUUACCGCAAAUCCUUCCAGAGAGGCUUCAACGGCGGCAUCCCCUCGCACACCAUUGACAUCAAGACCAGAGUCCACUGAUGGCGAGACCUCGAAAGAUUACCAGCUCGAAUUGAGCCUGUCAGAUUUUGAGUGGAAUUCAACCGCUUUGGCUUUGAGGAAAGAGAUUGCCACCCUAGCUAGUGCUUCCGAAGACAGCAUCACAGAGAACAUGGCGUUGCUUCAACUAGGUCUUGACAGCAUUGAUCUCGUCAAGCUCUCUGCAAGACUCAAACACAUCGGCUACGAGCUCACAUUGUCUCAACUUAUGCGCGCGCAAACAAUCGCUGCGAUGUCCAAAAUCUUGACCGAUAAGAAGGCAACUUUAGCUGAGGUUGAUUACCAAGCAGGCUUUGAUGAACUCAAGGGUCAGUUAUGGAGAGCAGUCGAGUCAACUCAUUUCAACCUCGACAACGCAGAGGCUGUCUUGCCUCCUACCCCUCUGCAAGAGUCUAUGAUGGCAGACAUGCUACAGUCAGACUUUGUCCAGUACUUCAAUCAUGACAUCUUGGAGCUGGCCGAUGGACUAGCCCUUUACAGAUUUGAAAGGGCCUGGAAGCAGACCGUGGAAAGGUCACCAAUACUGCGAACUGUAUUCGUUCAGAUUGAAGAUCCGGAUGUGGAACAGACUUUCGCUCAGGUUGUGCUGAAGUCAAACUCUUGCUUGCCGACUUUGUGCAAGUAUGAAGCAAAUGGUCAGAACGAGCCGCAAACCAUCAUCCAACACCACAAGGAGAAUGCUCUAGCCGCGAGCGGGCAAGGCAACUUACUUCAAUUAUCCCUCCUAUCUACUGGCUCAAGGUCUCUGCUCAUUCUAUCGAUUUCACAUGCUCUGUACGACGGCUGGUCACUGGCCCUCCUACACCAAGACAUUGCUGCCGCCUACCAAAGCCAAUCAAUUGAGCGCCCGCCAACUGAGCCGUUCCUACGAGACCUGAUAAAAACCCCAACCGACCAGUCAAGAAAGUUUUGGUCUCAAUAUCUCGCAAACACUCAGCCGUCCCUACUGCCCGAAAGGCAGUCUGCCGACGAACUAUCUAGGGACACCACGCACCGAACAGAGGCUGUCUCGAGCGUCAGGCAGGAGCAAGUUACUGCAUUCUGCAAACGCUAUGCUGUCAGCUUGCAGGUUUUGGGACAAGCGUGUUGGGCAUCGGUAGUUGCGACUCUAAUCCAGUCUCUUGAGGUUACUUUCGGUGUGGUUCUUGCUGGCCGUGACUCCGAACAAUCGCAAGCUCUGAUGUUCCCGACAAUGAACACUGUAGCAGUUCGUUGCUUCCUUCACGGCUCCACCACGAGCUUCUUACGCUACCUUCAAGAGACUAUGGGCGAUAUCACGGAGUUCCAGAACUAUCCCCUGCGAAAAGCCCAGAGCGCUGCGGGCGGGCGUCUCUUCAAUACUCUCUUCAUCCUCCAAAAGAGCCCCAACUCAGGACCAGAUAACGUCCAGAUCAUGAAGUCUGUUCAGGGGUCUUCCGCAACCGACUUCGCUGUCUGUGCCGAGUUGGAGAUCACCCCCGACACACUCGUUUGGCGCAUUGCUGGACAGGAUGCCUUUGUCUCUGAAAACAUCACGCAGCAGCUACUUCAUCAGCUUGACAGAGCUCUGACGUUCAUUGUCAACACACCCGAAGACAAUCUUCUCUGCUUUGAGGGUGACCAGGUUUCCAUCUGUCAACUACCAAAAUUCCACGCUAAAGCAUCAACGACCUCGUCUUCGGGAUCAACACCAAGAACGAGGCCAUCUGGAAACGAUGCUGAGUGGACACCGGAUGAGAGCACUAUACGGAGAGUACUCUCGCGAUCAGCAAACGUAGAAGUCAAGUCAAUUAGCAAGAGCCAUACCCUUUAUAACCUGGGCCUAGACUCUAUCAGCGCCAUCAAAGUUGUGGCGCUUCUGCGCAAAGAGGGUAUCAACCUUGGCGUUCGCGCGCUCUUAACUUCCAACUCGAUCAAGGAAAUGGCCUGGCAUAUUCAAGCUACUCCCACCCAUUUUGAUGCUGCACCAGAAACGCAGGAUAUCGCCUCCAGAUACAAGCUACCCACCUCUAUUGACACGCAAGUGCUGCUUUCCAACGCUGGCUUGUCUGAGUCAUGUAUUGAGGAUAUUUUGGCUCCUCUCCCGAUGCAAGUCUACAUGGUCUCCGCAUGGCAGAACGCAAGAGGCCGUGUUUUCUAUCCCGAAUUCUUUUAUCGCCUUAAAGGGUCUGUCAAGAUCGACCAACUGCAGUCAGCAUGGGCUGCCUUGGUGGACUCUGAGCCAAUUCUCCGAACUUGCUUGGUCGCUACGGGCGAAAGGUCACUGCCCUUCGUCCAGAUCAUAUUGCAAACUGAUCUUGAUGGACCUCACAAACGGAUUGUCGUUGAUGGACAAGAUUCAACCAUGAAAACAGAACAGUGCUAUCCGCAAGUGCAACUCAAUGCGACACAAGAAGACGACGCGUCGUGGGCACUGAAGUUACAUAUUCACCAUUCUCUGUACGACGGCUUCAGCUUGCCGGCUCUCAUGCAGAAGUUGCAGGCAAUAAUUCAGUCGGAAGCUUCUGAGUUGGCAGUUGCUCUGGGUCCAUGGAAGUCUUUCCUUGCUUCGAACCAUCUUGGAGAAGUCAAACAGAACGAUAAGGCAUUCUGGUCGAAAUAUCUGGAUGGUGUUAACCUCAAGCCGAGCCAGAGUCCCAAAGAUAUGUCAGGGUCAUUGAGCCGAGUAUCUCUCCUCAAACGCUCAGUCGUCCCGGAAGUUGGUCGUCUCCAGGAAUGUUCUGCCCGGGCCGGGGUAGGACUACCAGCACUUUUCUUCGCUGCCACAGCAAAAGCACUUCAGAAGCUUAGAAGUCAGGGAACGAGAGACAUUGUCUUUGGUAUCUACUAUGCCAACAGAUCAUCGACCGAGGAAUUAGCGAACACAUUCCCCACACUCAACUUGGUGCCACUCAAGGUGUCUCUGACAGAAGAUCUCGACGUCCUCCAGACCGCCAAGCGUGUCCAAGAAGACUUGCAUUACAUUUCCUCUCAUGCAACUGUCGGACUUUGGGAGAUCAAGGAAUGGACCGGGCUCGAGAUCGAUUGUUUUGUCAACUUUCUCCACCUCGGUGACGAAAGCAGUGAAGUACCGGAAAUCAGCAGGGUUUCGCUGGAGCCAAUUUCAAACUUCGGCGAGACGGAUGAAACCAGCAGCAACAGUAGCAGCAAUGCAGAAGACUGCUCGGCGAGCUGGCUGAAUAACAAUGCGGUCAGAGACGUAUUUCCGGACACACUCGAUGUUGAAGCCUCGAUCAACGCGGGUGGAAUGGACAUCGGAGUCUUUGGAGCCUUGACGAAGGUAUCUGAAAGCACUGCGGAAGGGUUGAUUGGAUUACUCGGUGGUAUACUGAAGGAUUUGUAA